AUGGAAACUGACCACGAACUGUGCCGAUCGCAAAAAGCGAUGGCGGUCGGCGCGUGGACAGCUGGGUGCCUGCUAGCUGUCGCCGCGUGGACAGCUGGGUGCCAGCUAGCUGUCGCCGCGAGGACAGCUGGGUGCCUGCUAGCUGUCGCCGCGUGGACAGCUGGAUGCCAGCUAGCUGUCGCCGCGUGGACAGCUGGAUGCCAGCUGCAAGCUGUCGCCGCGUGGACAGCUGGGUGCCUGCUAGCUGUCGCCUUAGUUCAGGGCGGUAUUGGGUAG